AUGAUCAUCGAAGCCCAACAGCGGACAAUUACCGACCUAACAGGUAAACUAGACCUCCUACUGAAAACCCAGGUACCUUCCCAUCUAAAUAUUACACAUUCUUCCCAAACACUUCAACAAAAUCCCAGUAAAGACAAAGCUGUCAAUCUUAAAAGACCGUUAAAUAAUUCAAGCGAUCUUUCCACUGACGACGAUACACUCCCUGACGGUUUUAUCAAGGUUAAGCCCCGUAAAACGCGACGAAACAAGAUCGACACGACAGGCUUUCCUCCUCUCUCUCCACCAAAAUCGAAGUAUGAAACGUCUCGUUCAACUGCAAGCGACUCGAAUAAACAGCCUGUGCCUAAUCUAUCGGUUACUUCUUCGCCUUCGACAUCUCAGGUAUCAGAAGACACGACUGCACAGUCCCCACGCAAGGUACGUUUUACCCCCAUCGUUCUUCGCGAUGCUUCGAGAUGGCGAGGCGUAAAUUACAAGUUUAUUUCUUUGGGCAUCAAAUUCGAACGCGCGGUUGCCGUCGAUGCAGGAAUCAGGAUAAUUCCCAAGUCCGAGGAUGAUUACCGCAGAAUUAUUCGUCUCUUCAGGGAGGAAGAGGUGCCCCAUCACACUUUCCCUCUACCCUCAGAGAGGAACAUUCAUGCUGUAAUCACAGGAGUACCUUCGACACUUUCGAAAACGGAGAUCAAGGAAGAGUUGCAACAGAGGGGAUAUUCCCCCCUGCACAUAAUUCGCCUGAAACGCGGUGGCGGCGUGCCCAUGCCUUUGGUGGUAGUCAUACUGCCCAAGAUAGAAAAAUCUCAGCAGCUGUUCAACAAACAUGAGCUGCUAGGUUUGGCUAUCCGAGUCGAAGUUCAAAAGAACUCAAGACUCAUCGGGCAGUGUCACCGCUGCCAAAAAUAUGGGCAUGCGCAAUCUUACUGCACUGCACCACCUAAGUGUCUAAAAUGUGCUUCUGACCACAUGACCCACUUAUGCCCUCAAACAGAACAAGAGGAACGCAAGUGCGCGACCUGUGGAGUGGGGCAUCCAGCGAAUAGCCGAACUUAUCAGAUUUGCCCCUAA